AUGGGCGCAAGCAUGGAGACCAAAACUCUUGUUACGGACAUUUCCAAAGGACACCACGAGACUAACAAUGCUCAAGUCACAUCCGUGCUCCCAGAUGGCGAUGUGCCCUAUACAGAUCAUGAUAUGGAUGCUGAUGAGAGGGUGAUCACGGCGCUGGGUUACAAGCAAGAGUUCAAGCGCGAGUUCUCGCUAUGGACGACUUUCUGCGUCAGCUUCGCUGUUCUGGGCUUGCUACCGUCAUUUGCGAGUACACUGUACUAUGGAAUGGGAUACGCCGGCACAGCGGGUAUGGUCUGGGGCUGGAUCAUUGCGAUGAUAUUCAUCCAGUGCAUUGCAAUGUCGAUGGCAGAGCUAUGUUCGGCAAUGCCGACUAGUGGCGGACUAUACUACGCCGCAGCAGUCCUCGCCCCUCCGGGAUACGGACCCUUCGCCGCCUGGAUCACCGGCUGGUCCAACUGGAUCGGACAAAUAACCGCAGCGCCGUCAGUCAACUACUCGCUCAGCGCAAUGAUCCUCGCAGCAGUCUCAGUCUACAACCCAUCCUACAUCCCAACAUCAUGGCAGACCUUCCUCCUGACAACCCUCAUAAUGAUCCUGCACGCCGGAAUCAGCAGCAUGUCUACGAAGCGCGUAGCGCAGUUCAACUCAUGGGGCUCAACAUUUAACUUCAUCGCACUGAUCGCAGUCCUCAUCAUGAUCCCCGCCGGGACAAAGAACAGCCCGAAAUUCACACCCUCCAAACAAGUCUGGGGCGACAUAACAAACCUAACCGACUUCCCGGAUGGCGUCGCCGUACUCAUGACCUUCGUCGGCGUGAUAUGGACCAUGUCCGGCUAUGACUCGCCAUUCCAUUUGAGCGAGGAGUGCUCGAACGCGAACAUCGCCUCGCCGCGCGCAAUCGUGCUCACUUCCGGCGUCGGUGGGUUAAUGGGCUGGUUCCUACAGCUGGUUGUUGCAUACACGGUGCUGGAUAUCGAAGCCGUUAUUGAUUCCGAUCUAGGACAGCCCUGGGCGUCGUAUUUACUGCAGGUCAUGCCGCAGAAGUCGGCUAUGGCUAUCUUGGCUUUGACGAUUAUCUGUGGGUUUUCGAUGGGUCAGGGGUGUAUGGUUGCCGCGUCGCGGGUUACGUAUGCCUAUGCUCGUGACGACUGCUUUCCGCUCUCGGAUUACUGGAAGCAGGUGCAUCCGUAUACGCAGACGCCCGUUAAUGCGGUCGUGUUGAACGCCAUUCUCGGCAUUCUGAUGUGUCUUCUUAUUCUGGCUGGGGACGUGGCGAUUGGCGCUUUGUUCUCUAUUGGCGCUAUUGCGCAGUUCUUUGCUUUUGCAAUUCCUAUUACUAUUCGGGUGUUCUUUGUCGGUAAUCGGUUCCGCAGGGGCCCCUGGCAUCUGGGUCCUUUUGGUCCGUUUAUUGGUGGCGUUGGUGUUGUGUUUGUGCUUUUGAUGGUCCCGAUUUUGUGUUUGCCCAGUGUUACUGGUAAAGACUUGACACCUGAUCAGAUGAAUUGGACUUGUCUUGUUUGGGGUGCGCCAAUGUUGAUGGUUUCGAUUUGGUGGGUUGUUGAUGCCCAUCGCUGGUUCAAAGGUCCUGUGGUCAAUGUCGAGCAUGCUAUUCAUGCGAUUGAGCAGGAGCCGGUUGUUAGUGAGGGGAUUGAGCCUGAACCCCGAGAGACCGAGACGACUGCUUUGUCCAAGACGGACGAUCCAGAUAAUCCUCUAUAG